AUGAUGCGAUUGCUUACGGCUCUACUGGUAUCGGCAGCCUCGGUCGCGGCCUUUGCUCCGCAAACCUCCGUCAAGAAGUCGUCGUCGACCUUGAACGCCGUCGCCCCGGAAAAGGAAAUUGGGGUUUUGCCACCGAUUGGAUUCUUUGAUCCUCUCGGAUUCACGACGCGGGGUCCCUACGGUUCGCGCGAAGAAAACUUUCGCCACUACCGCGGGGUCGAAGUCAAGCACGGCCGCAUUGCCAUGGCCGCAACUUUGGGAACACUGGUGCAGCAGAACUACCGCUUUGAGGGAUUCUUGUCGCCGUCGGCCAAUCUCGAAUUCGCCGAAGUCCCCAACGGCCUCGCCGCCUUGGAUGUCGUCCCCCUCGCUGGAUGGGUGCAAAUGGCCGUCGUAAUUGGAGCCCACGAGUUUCUCGUCAAGGAACGUCCCGGACGAAAGCCUGGUGAUUUUGGUACCGGAUACUUUGGCGUGGCCCUUGAUGACCAGUCGGCCAAGCAAUUGCGAUUGUUGAACGUGGAAGUCAGCAACGGACGACUCGCCAUGUUGGGAAUUUUGGGCAUGUUUGCUUCCGAAAUCAUUCAUGGUGAAGCCUUGUUUGAAACCAAGAUCUUUUCUUAA